UCCGCGGGUCGCCCGGAGGUUGGAGCACCUGGGAUGCGGGAUGCGGGUUCCGUCGGCCCCGGGUGGGGAAGGGCGGCGUGGGUCAGAGGUCGGGGGCUGCAGCGGCAGGCGGGCUCUGGGCGUGCGGGGCUGCCCGGGCCAUCUAGCGCACCACCUGUCAUCGGCUUUUGGCAGGACCGCAGCUCACCACGUCCUGCAGCCUGCCCAGCUUCUCUCUGGGCGAACCCUCUUCCCCUAACUCCCACUCUUUCUUUUGAAGACCCCUCAGUGCGCUGUCCCUUCCUCGCCUUCGCUGGCUGCUGUCACUGGUCAUGUUCUUCCCACAAGCCCACGGUUCUGCUUCCUUAUUCUUUCUCUCUUCCUCCCCUUUCCUCCUUUCUCCAAAAUGUCAUGGGCCCUGUCCAAGUUCCAGGACUAUGCUGGCGACAGGGAGCACACAAAUCAGAGGACAAGGCCUCUGCAGCCAGGGAAGACUCUGCUGGUGGGCUGGGGACUGCCCACUGACCAGGAUGCACCCACCGUUUUUUCUCAUCAGCCUUCAUCCCCCUGCACUUUUCUGCCCUGUUCCAGGGAGGGCUCCUGAGACAGCCUCCUAAUCUCCCCUCUCCCCUCUGCUCAUUGUCACAUCUGCAGCCAGUUCUAGGGGGUCUGCCCACCCACACCACCAGCACCCCAUUUGCACGAGAGUGGCCCAGAUGUCUCAGGUGCAGGAACUCUUCCACGAGGCAGCCCAACAGGGAGUGCUGGCCCAGCCCCAGCCCUGGUGGAAGAUCCAGCUGUUUGUAUGGGAGCCAGUGCUGUUUGGGACCUGGGAUGGUGUGUUCACAUCCUGCAUGAUCAACAUUUUUGGGGUUGUGCUUUUCUUGAGGACUGGCUGGCUGGUGGGAAACACGGGAGUGCUCGUGGGCAUGUUCCUGGUCUCCUUCGUGGUCCUGGUGGCCCUCGUCACCGUGCUGUCUGGCAUCGGUGUUGGGGAGCAUGGAGGCAUGGGCAGUGGCGGCGUCUACUCCAUGAUAUCGUCCGUGCUCGGUGGGCAGAUGGGAGGCACGAUUGGGCUGCUCUACGUGUUCGGACAGUGUGUUGCAGGUGCCAUGUAUAUCACCGGCUUUGCUGAAUCCAUCUCAGAUCUGCUAGGCCUCGGGAAUAUCUGGGCUGUGCGAGGAAUUUCAGUUGUGGUGCUUCUGGCCUUGCUGGGGAUUAACCUAGCAGGUGUCAAAUGGAUAAUCCGCCUCCAGCUGCUGCUGCUGUUCCUGCUGGCCGUGUCCACACUGGACUUUGUGGUAGGCUCUUUCACCCACCUGGACCCAGAACAUGGUUUCAUUGGAUAUUCACCAGAACUGCUGCGGAACAACACUCUGCCAGAUUACAGCCCUGGGGAGUCUUUUUUCACUGUUUUUGGGGUUUUUUUCCCGGCAGCUACAGGAGUCAUGGCCGGCUUCAACAUGGGGGGCGACCUCAGGGAGCCCUCCACCAGCAUCCCCCUGGGCUCCCUAGCAGCCGUUGGCAUCUCGUGGUUUUUGUACAUUGUCUUCGUCUUCCUGCUUGGCGCCAUCUGCACCCGUGAGGCCCUUCGCUAUGACUUCCUGAUAGCUGAAAAGGUGUCCCUUGUGGGCUUCCUGUUCCUUUUGGGCUUAUACAUCUCCUCCCUGGCCUCCUGCAUGGGAGGUCUCUACGGAGCACCCCGGAUCCUGCAGUGCAUUGCCCAGGAGAAAGUGAUCCCUGCACUUGCCUGUCUGGGGAAAGGGAAAGGGCCAAAUAAAACACCUAUAGCUGCCAUCUGCUUGACCAGCUUGGUGACCAUGGCCUUUGUUCUCGUGGGUCAGGUGAAUGUUCUGGCCCCCAUCGUCACCAUCAACUUCAUGCUGACUUACGUCGCUGUGGACUACUCUUAUUUCUCCCUGUCUAUGGGUCCCUGCAGCCUCCCCCAGGUGCCUGAGCCAGUGCUCAGGGAAGACCCGGAAGCUCUCCGCUGCUCUGAAUGCCUGGUCGUGGGGAGAGCACCCAGCUAUGGUUCUGAGGGCCCUGCCCAAAGUGUCUCAGAGGGCACACUGCUAGAAUUCACCAAAGACAUGGACCAGCUCCUCCAGCUAACCAGGAGGCUUGAGAACAGCCAACCCAGGCAAGGAGAGGUUGGCAGGACCGCAGAGAGACAGACGAGGAAACACAAGAAGGCCACCAAGCAAACCCUGCAGGAUAGCUUCCUCCUGGACCUCCAGUCCCCUGAUUCCUUCCCUACUGAGAGCUCUGACAGAUUACCCACUGCCUCCCUGGAGGGACAGGAGUCCUCCUGGAACGAGCAGACUUCCAGGAGUGAAGGGACUCAACCUGGGGGGACAUAUGGAGAACAACGUGUCCCUAAGCUGGGUAACCAGUAUGAGCCAAGUGGAGAAGAUUUCUUCCUGAAGUCUAGGCUCCAGGAACAAGAUGUCCACAAGAGACCAACUUCUUUCUACACGCAAAUAUGUAAUCCUUGGGUCUCCUUGUUGGGGGCUGUUGGGUCCCUUCUCAUCAUGUUUGUGAUCCAGUGGGUCUAUACCCUGGUUAACAUGGGUGUUGCUGCCAUUGUGUAUUUCUACAUUGGCCGGACCAGUCCAGGACUUCACCUUGGAUCAGCCUCCAACUUCAGCUUUUUCCGGUGGAUGAGGUCUCUUCUGAUCCCCUCCUGCAGGAGCUUACGGUCCUCCCAGGAACAGAUCAUUUUGGCACCAUCCCUGGCUAGGCUUGACAUGGAGAUGACUCAGCUCACCCAGGAGAACGCAGACUUCGCCACUCGGGAUCGCUACCACCACUCCUCCUUCGUGAGUCGCGAACAGCUGAUGCCUCAGUACUAGAAGUGGCACUGGGACCUUCCUCUCUGGGCGGUGUCCUUUGCACAGUGGACUCAAGCCUUGGAACCUUCGUGGAACUGCUUCUCUUCCAUAAGAAACUCAUGGCCUGUCUCCCACUGCUGCUUUGGACAAUGGAAAUCCGUGUUCUGGUCUAGAUUACUCUGCCUAGCCCCAAUAACAUUAGGGAUGGCAGUGGCCUCUGCAGCACCACACCCAGGCUAAAGAGCUCCACCUGGCACACCAGGACCAUCCCUCAGAUGUGGAGAAGCAGAAUCAGAUGGCUUGUUCUGAGGGCCACAAUAAAUGGUCAUUUUCUUUCUUAUUGUAUUAAUUUAUUUUUGAAUAAAUAAUAUACUCCCAUGGUUCAAAAUGCCAAAGUAUAAUGAUAUAUAAAGUGAAGGGAGACUUCCCUCCCAUCCUUGCUCCCCAGCUGCUCUGAUGUUCAUGUCCCCUGGCCCAGACAUAACCACUGGAAUCAGGCAUACUUCCGGAAUUUUUUUUAUGAAUAUCCAAGCAAAUAGGUACGUGGAUUCUUAUCAUUCUCCUUUUGUACACCAAGGGUAGUAUGUUUUAUGCACAUUUUGCACCUUCCCUUUUCCCCUUAGUAAUCUAUCUUGGAUUGCUACCUCUCCCUGUCACUAUAUAUGUUGUUUCCUCGCUAUGUCUCAUUGUAUGUAUGCGCUACAGCUAUUUACACC